ACAGAUUGCUCAGGUGAGGUUACAUAUGUUUCCUCUACACACGCACACACACAAACACACACACACACACACACACACAGGACGGAAGAUGAGUCUGCCUCGGAGAGGAGAGUCUCUGCCCUCGGACGUGUUUCUGGGGGAAGUUAAAUAAAAAUCAGGAACUUUUCUGCAGAGGAACCAGAACCAGCUGAGACUCUGAGACUUCCACGUGUUUCUAAUGAGGGCUCGUUUGGGGUCAGUGUAUUUUACCUCGGGUCCUACCUGGUGAGGAGGAACUGUUUCAAGUCAGGCCUGAGCCAUGCAGCUGGACGGUGCGUUCAGGGUCCUCCUCAUCCCCCUCGUCUUGAUGAUAGGAGCUGCAGCUGAGAUUGUUCUGCGUCCAUCAAACCUGACUUUGAGCUGCGAUAAUUUCAACGUCACCGCCAGCUGGAAAUACAGCCGACAGCACCCUAACACCAGGUUCAAGGUGCUCGUCCAAAGAGAUAAUAACGAUUCUGAACACGAAACCGCCGAUCAGCACUUUGAUCUGAGUCCCUUCAUCUGGAAAUCUAAAGAGAGCUACAUGGAGGUCCACUCAGUCUCUGUCACAGCCAUGCUGGGAGAAAACCAGUCCCAACCAGUCCAGUCUAAGACUUUAACCUUUAACUCUCUCAGGCCGGCUGAUAUCAAAUGUAAGUUGGCGUUCCCUCCUGUGGAUCUGAAAGGGGACGGUCUAGGGGUCACAGUGACGUUCAGGAAUCCUUUGAACUUCUACAAAGACCUGCAGAAAGCUGGGGAGUCUGGCGCCUACUUUUGGUUCAAUGUCACCACCGCGGGUGGAAAUAGCGUAACGGGGACAUGUCUGGUGAAUCAGGAAAAAUGCCAGCGUGAGAUCUCUUUCUCUGAGGGGGAGGAGAAGUGUGUCACGCUGAGGGGACAGCUGUAUGACCAAAUUGGCGCUCGCUACGUGAAGUUCAAUGAGACUGCUCCCAUCUGUUUUGAAGACUCUACAGAUUUCCCUGAGAUGAUCCUGCUCGCCAUCCUCCUGUCUGCUACUUUCAUCAUCGUCAUUUUGAUCAUAACAGCGAUCUGUUUGACAAAGUCCUGGACGAUGAGGGAAGUAAAGAUUUUACCGUCCUCUCUGAAGCUGUCCAAAGACUGCAGGACACAAUAUCACGUUCCUCACGAGGAAGACUUCAGUGCUGUCGUGCUGAUCGAUAACACAACCUGCAAGAGCCCCUCGGUCAGCUCCGAGGAGGAAGACCUGCAGGACGACAGAGAUGGAUCUGGAGCCCGAGGCACCGAUGUCGGUUACAAGGAGGGGGCGAUGUUAGAGAGCAGCAACCAAGAAUCAGAAACAGAAACUCUUUAUUCAUCCCGGGGAGGGAAAUCCCAAAUCAACCAGGGUCUGGAAUACAGCAGCAGCAGCACGGACGAUCACUCUGCAGACGACUCGGUGAGGACAGAGGAAGAGGAGGUGGAGGAAGAGGAGGAGGAGGUGUCACCCUACGACUGCCCUCACAAUCUGCUUGACAAUAUCAAAAGAUAAAAGGACCUUCGGGACUGUUUUGGGGUUAAAGUUUUCUAAAGCAGGGUUUUAUCUCAGGGAAGCCAGGACUGCUGCUGCUUGUGUUUCUGCCUUGGAAAACAGAAACUGGACACUCAGGGAUUUAGUGCCUUGCUCAAGAGACUCCUGAGAGGAGCCUGGAGCAAUGAAUCCAGAACUCACACCCUAAAUGUUUCCCUCUGAGGAGAAACACGAGUCCGUCCUUCCGUCCUUCCUGACAGGUUUUUCAGGAGCUCCAGGAAAAACGUGACGUCCGAUCUUACAGAUGUUGUUGAUUUUUAAAUUGAAAGCAUUUAAAGCUGUCGUUUGACUCCGGGGAAAAACUGGUGAUCUUCCAGUCACUGGUUUACUGCGGAGCUGCUCUGCUCCCGUGAUAUUUAUUCAGAUACCUCAGAGCAGAGUCUCCUUUAAGAAGAAGAACAUUCUAUUAGUAAUCAAAUGUUUCAUCAGCACUUUUUGUAAGAUAUGUUUGUUGCUGUUUAGUGAGCUGAAUCAGGUGUGUGUGUGUGUGUGUGUGUGUGUGUGUGUGUGUGUGU